AAAAAGAAAAUGCACGUGAGGUUCAAACCGUGCACGUAACCGUGCGGUGGGGAUUUUCUGUGUGUGAGAAAAAAAGAGAUUCAAGAGAGAGAAUGGCAUAAUGGGUUGUGCAGAUCCACACAGAGUAUAACUGGGUCUCACAUUACUCCAUCUGAGGACAUUUGGAAUUGGAUUCGAGGAUUGAGAUCACUUUUUUCUGGGUCAAUAACGUUAGAUUUUGUCCCAAAAACGAAGGAUUUUGGAUAAAAAACGAGGAAUUUCGGUUCAGGGAUUAUCAGGCAUUGCUGUAUUCCUCUGUGUUGAUUUUCUGAAAAUUUUGAGUUUUUAAUUUUUAUUUUUUUGGAGUACUGAGCCUUGUUUGGGAUGUAUCAUUUAAGGUCUAGAUUGAGAAGCUAUUGAGGUUGUUGGGCCGGUUUAGAGAUAACCGGGAUAUAGGGUUGGGCUAUGUGAUAAGGUCCGAUUGCAUUUAACGCAGAGGGAUUGAAUCAGAGGGUUUGGAAUUGGAGUGGAGAUUGCCUGCAUGGAAUUAUAGGUGGGUUUUGGGGAAGGAGAUACCCAACUUGAGAUUACAGUGUGGGUGCUGUAGAAAAGGCACUUUGGAGAGGCCCACUAAGGAAUAACUGUGUGGCUGUUGCAGUUAAAACCUGAUUUGAGAUACCUACUUUGGAAGAAGUGCGCAGAAAAAAUUGUUUAGGGAAACCCACUUUAGAAUCACGGUGUGGGUGUUGCAGAAAAAAUUAUGUACAGAGGCAUCCACUUUUGGAGAUAAGAGAGAUUGGUGGGAAUAGCAGAGAAGGUUUGGAGUGCAUCUGGAGAUUGAUUGCCUGUUUUUAAUUUCAUUGUGUGUGUUGCAGAAAAAAAAUCUGCCAAGUUUGCUGAUCUGGAGAUAACCAUAUUCUCCACUUGAAAGCAAAUCCAGUAGACGCACAAGAUUUGGACCAAGUUCAGUGAUUGGAAGGAUUGAUUUUGUGAAAUUGUAGUCAUGUUGGACACCCAAGGCUGCAUCCUGUCCGGUUUACGCGAACAAGAUCAGGUGAGAAAAUGCUAUGAUGCAGAAUGCGAAAAGGAGAAGAGAGCGUUCCAAGAAUCAAACUUAGAUCAUAAGAAGAUCAAGACUUUUGGCACCGGCAUGGUGACUGUUAAUGUUCUCGAUAAGAGCAGGUGCCAACUUGAACCUUAUGACAGUGAAAGCCAAGGUGAGGGUUCCCACGAUUCUCUGCUUCCAGGUCUUCAUGAUGACUUAGGUUUGGAUUGCCUUGCAUUGACAUCUAGGUCAUAUCAUGGCUCAUUGGCUCGCGUAAAUAAGAGGUUCAAGAAUCUUAUUAUGACUGGUAAGCUUUACCAGUGGCGAAGGCAGCUUGGGGUAGUAGAGCAAUGGAUUUACAUGGUCUGUGAUUUGAUAGGAUGGGAGGCAUAUGAUCCCUAUAGACAACGUUGGAUGAGGUUGCCUAGGAUGCCGUCUGACGAGUGUUUUACUUAUGCUGAUAAGGAGUCCCUGGCUGUUGGGACCGAAUUACUUGUUUUUGGCAGAGAAUUACUUGGAUUUGUUAUUUGGAGGUAUAGCUUAUUGACCCAUACUUGGUCCAGGUUACCUGGGAUGAAUCUCCCUCGGUGCUUAUUUGGUUCAAGCAGCUUCGGAGAGAUUGCCAUAGUUGCUGGGGGAAGUGACAAGGAUGGAGCUGUCCUCAAAUCUGCGGAGCUCUAUAAUUCUGAGGCAGGCACUUGGGAAACACUGCCUGAUAUGCAUUCUCCACGGAAGCUAUGUUCAGGCUUUUUCAUGGACGGGAAGUUCUAUGUAAUAGGAGGAAUGUCAAGUCACACCACUUCCUUGACAUGCGGUGAAGAGUACAACCUUCAAACUAGGACUUGGAGAAAGAUCCGGAACAUGUUCCCUGGAGGAAAUGGAGCUGCCCAUGCACCUCCAUUGGUUGCUGUGGUAAGUAAUCAGCUAUAUGCUGUUGAAUAUUCUAGAAAUGAAGUGAAGAAAUAUGACAAGGAAAAUAAUACAUGGAGUGUCCUGGGUAGGUUGCCUGUGAGGGCAGAUUCAACCAAUGGUUGGGGUUUGGCAUUCAAGGCUUGUGGUAAUGCCAUUCUUGUCAUUGGUGGCCAAAGAGGGCCUGAUGGUGAAAGCAUUGUUUUGAAUACAUGGAGGCCUACAUCUGAUGCUGGAAGGCAAGUAGAAUGGAAUGUUCUUGCCAACAAGGAGCGUGCUGGGGUAUUUGUUUAUAACUGUGCAGUGAUGGGUUGUUGAGUUCACCUUAAUUUUUGGCCUCGCUAUGUCUCUUGUUAUUGAAUCUUUCCACAACAUAGAUCUGUAAGGCCUUGCACAAGUCAAACAAACUCCUUUACAAGGUUUUACAUGUUUGGUAGGUGAUAGCCGGGAAGAUUUUGAUCUUUGCAUCAGAAAUUACAGAGAUCACCUUGGCCAAGGAACAGCUACAAGCUUAGAGAAAUGAAUUCUUCUUUUAGGCAAUGAUGAUCUCUGGCCAAUUCUUGAGAUUGGCGAGGCACCUUUUUCAUGAGUAUUCGCUGAUAGAGUAAUUUACUCCUAAUUCUGUAUUUUUGACAAGUCAUUGCUUCAAUCACUCUCAAUCAUGAUUAUGAGAGCUUGUGGAAACAUGAAAUGCAGAAGAUAAAGAGAUAGAAUAGUAAGGGUAAAGCAUCUUUUUCAUCCAAAAGGCUGUUCUAAUUUCACUCCACAGAAUCCCUGCAAUCAUAAAUUGAACUAAAAAAUAGGGCUCUUAUUUUUAGCCAUAUUAAUGCAAUUACUUUAGUUUUCUCUC